UAGGCGAAGGGAACAGCUUCUUUGCUGGCGUAACAGGAGACUGUAGAAGCUUUGCCUCGCUAACACCGACUGCACUUGAGAUGUGAGGCGAUCAAUAAAACAAAAUCACUAAAGGCCGAAUGCAGAAACAGCUAGAGACAAGACAGUAACGUCGAAGGACGUUUCUCGGGAGGCUGUCUCGGCUUAGUGUGGCGGAAACGGGACACGAGGGCUCCAAUAAAGACAGGCUUUUUAAGCCUGAAUCUGAAGACAGAGGCAAACCUGUUGCAUGAUCUCGAAAGCUUUGAUUUCAAGGCUGAUGAUCUAAAGACAGACACUGCAAAAGAACACAGAGUCAUGCACAAGCAUAUGGCAAAAAGACUUCACAUGCAUGGAAGGAUCUAAAGAUGAAUCUUCAUGUCACUGAGUUUGCUCCAAAUAUGCAGUGACAAUGCCAACACUUCCAAAACACAAACACCAGAGUCUGCAGUGACAAUAACAUAUCUUUUCCCUUCAUCGGUCUCCUCAUGAAUUUGGCAGUGGAAGUUAGUUUUACAGGAGAAGAGGUUGGUUGACUUGGAAAGGGCAAAAGAAGAAAGUGGGUGUCCCAAAAGUGUUAGGCUUUGGUGGACAUUUGGGUCCAAAGUGUUUUACUCAAAUCAUGAUUUUGGCGCAAAAAGCUAUUCCACUUGUGCAAAGAUCCUUGGAUAACAGUUGGAAAUUGGAAUACAGAUAAGUCUUUACCAGUUCUUGAAUGUGUACAGACAUAUCUCCUUAAAAAAACAACCAUGUUCAGCAAGAAACUGGAUCUGAGUCACAACUUCGGCUUGGUAAUUUUUUAGGACCACAAACGAAGAUUAAAGAUUUAUGUGGAAUGAGUUGGAUCUUGUUGAAACUGAUAUCAAUAACCAUAUAGCUCGGGUGUUUGUCCAAAAGCAUGAUGUCUGUGCCAGGAAAGACUUGAUAUUUGCAUAAUUCUUUGUGGAGGAUAGGUUUUGUUUGCAUAUAUUGAUUAGUCAUGACAGAUUGGGUUGAGCGUGUAAUGUGAUGUCUCAAGUAGUUUGUGCAGGUGAUGAUGAUGGUACAAGCAAAAGUCAUUCUAUGAGAGCUUUGUAGGCAGUGGACCCCCCCGGCCCCUUUUGCCUACUCUCUUUUACCUGCACAAUGACUCUGCACUUCCACAAUCUCCAAUUUUUUCUUGUAAUAUACCAAAGUGAUAAACUGGUUUUGAGAAGAGAUGAGGAAUUACAAGUUCAGAUGGUCAGAUAUGAUCCCUAAUGCAUGGUUCCACAAGCUCAAGGACAUGAGCAAAUCACCCAGGGCUAAGCCUUCAAGCAUCAAUGGCAAGAAGAAGAAACCCUCUGAUUCUCUUCCUCAUCCUUCAAGCUUUUACUUCUCCAACAGAUUACACGCUUGUUCACAAGCUCAUUUCCAGCAAAAGUCACCAAGAAGAUCUUUCAUCAUGAGAAGGGCCAAAAGAAAGACUGUUUACAAGCCAUCUCCCAAGCCAUUUCAUUAUUCUCCUCCUCCUCUUCCUCCUCCUGUAUCCGCAGGAUUUACGACGGAUUGGAGUCACAGCAUAACCAAGAUUCUUCAUAACCAAGAUUCUUCAGAUUGCAUGUUCCCGGCUCUUGAAAGCUCUUCCGAGUCAUUUCCGUUCAGUUUUUAUGAUGGUGUUGAUGAUGAUUGCAUUCCUCCUGCUUUGUUUGAUGAUCAACCAGCCUCGUGGUCCCGCUGUUCCAACUUAAUAAUCAGUUCUUCAGCAGAGGAUAUCGUAAUCGAUAUGAAAGAGGAUGCAUUCACGAAGACACCACUUGAAGAGAUUGAAGGGUUUAAAUCUGUAUCACUGAAAAUGAGGAAACCCUGCCCUGCAAGUAACCAGGCCAACGGAAUGAGGAAAAACCAUCUUUCUGCAAAAGUUACAAAAGGAAAAGACGACCGUGACUGUAGAAUCCAGAAGAAACAUAAAAAACCAGUUUCUGGUGGCAGAAGAUCCUUUGUGAAUUCUCCAGGGGUAAAACUGAGAGUAAACUCUCCAAGAAUUCAAGUUUCUGCUCGUAGAAGCAUGUCCCAGUCGCAUAGCAAACGAGUUCUGGACAGUUUUGCGGUGAUCAAAUGUUCAGUUGAUCCCGAGAAAGAUUUCAGAGAAUCCAUGCUGGAGAUGAUGAUGGAGAACAACAUCACAACGUCAAAAGACUUGGAGGAUCUUCUCGCUUGUUACCUUUCCUUGAAUCGAAAGGAGUAUCAUGAUGUUAUCAUCAAGGUCUUCGAGCAAAUCUGGUUUGAAACCACCGAGCUGCGUCUGCAAUGAAGGAAAAGCUCUAGUGUUAAUUACUUCCGGUAACGUCUUACUGUAUCAUUUAUUCAAACAAGAAAUAGUUUCUGAUAUCUUCCUCCGAACAAAAACCAGUUCCAUGUUCUGUCUGUAAAAAGCUACAAUCAUUUUGAACACACCUCGAUCAGUAAGCGAGUGAAGAUUUUUGUAUAAAUUAGCACUUUCAAAAUGAAA